UCACAGCCCCUUUCAUCAACAACUCAAAAAAACCAAACCUUUGUGAAACAAUCAAUCUUCUCUCUGUACUACUCUUCUCUCUUCUGCUCCUUCCAACAUGGAACUAGCUUUGAGUCUUGGUGAUGCACCGAAAUCAUUCACGUUUCUUGACAAAACUCCUAAGUUGUCUAACAAGGAUCUUGGGUUCUGCAUGGGCUUAGGAACCAGUAGUGGAUCAAGAUCAUCGGAUGAGAAAACAAGAGAGACCCGUGAGAGUGAAGAAGACGAUGGUGAUGAAAGAAGAAGAGUUUCUUCAGAUCCACCACUUCAGCUUGAUCUUUUACCUUUCACACCUGUUCUUCGCACCCACCAACCUUCACAGCUUCGCUUUCCUUGGCUUACUGAUAACUUGGCAUCUGAACCGGGUUCUUCGGAUGGACCGGGAAGAGGGUUGGAUGUGAACCGGUUUCCGACGGUGGCGACGGCGGCGGAGGAGACAGACGAUGGCGCAGCGCUGUCUUCUCCAAAUAGUACAGUUUCAUCGUUUCAGAUGGAUUUCUGUGUAAGAAAUGGUGGAAGAAGCAAGAGAGAUUUGGAUGUUGAGACUGAGAGAGCAAGUUCAAGGGCGAGUGAUGAUGAGGAAAAUGGUUCCACUCGGAAGAAACUCAGGCUCUCCAAAGAACAGUCUGCUUUUCUUGAAGAGAGUUUCAAAGAGCACAGUACUCUCAACCCAAAACAAAAGCUGGCUCUGGCAAAACAGUUAAACCUUCGUCCUAGGCAGGUGGAAGUUUGGUUUCAAAAUAGAAGAGCAAGGACGAAGCUAAAGCAGACAGAAGUAGAUUGUGAGUAUUUAAAGAGGUGCUGUGAAACACUGACAGAGGAAAAUAGGAGGUUACAAAAGGAACUGCAAGAACUAAGAGCUUUGAAAACCUCUCAACCUUUCUACAUGCAACUCCCUGCAACCACUCUCACUAUGUGCCCAUCUUGUGAACGCGUGGCCACCACUACCACAACCACUUCAGGUACCAAUGGGAACACCAACAACAACAACAACAACACCACCACCAACACCAAUAAUACUACUAAUUCAGCGGCUAUGUCACUUGCUAAAGCUAGAUUAUAUCCUUUUUCUUCUCAAGUCCAAGCUCACAUGCAACAGGCCCCAGCUCACCAAGCAGCUUCAUGAGAAAAAGAGAGAUCGAUGUCACGAGUCUCUAAUUAAAUGUACUCAUGACUUUUUUCUGUUUGUAUAUACUUUUGGUUUGGAGCAUUUUCCUACUUUCUUUUGCGACCUUUUUUUGUCUCUAGUUUGUGUCUUGUUAAUGGAGUUUUGGACGCGAGAAAAGAGAGAUUAGAAGGGUGAUAUAUAUUUGUUGAUUUAUGAGAAAAUUCAAAAGAUUUUUGUUAGAACAAGUUCCUAGCUAUAUAUGUAUUUGUAACUUUCACUUUGUCAA